AGGUUCUAUGGGGGCUGUAGUUAUUUUUUUCCCACGGAAGUAUCAUCCCAUUUUCCAUAGGUUUCGCAAGGUUUGCAUUGACGGUAGUGUGCGUUUCUCUGUUGGAAGAAUUUAGUCGUUUUGGCAUGAAAUUCGUGUACAGCAGUAUUUGAAGUUUUGGAGGCAUGUCCAAGAAAAGGGGCAGAAAGCGGAGUAGCGGGGAGCUGAGUGACACCACAGUGAUGACCCCUGACCCCAACAGUCUCCUAGGAGUGAGAAUACAACACAACUGGAGGGAGAAGGGCAACCAGAGCAAAUGGAAAGGCACCGUCCUGGACCGUCUCAGUGUCAACCCCUCACUAUUCAUGGUCAAGUACGACGGGUUUGACUGCGUCUACGGCAUCGAGCUAUUCAAGGACGAAAGGGUGUCUAAUCUACAGGUCCUCACAGAGAAACUUGUCAACAACAAGAUCAAGGUUCCUCACGGGGCAGAGGAUUUGGUAGGCAAAGCGGUGGAGCACCUUUUUGAGAAGGAGGAUGGAGAGAAGAAUGAGUGGCGAGGCAUGGUCCUCUCCAGAGCUCCCAUUAUGACUAACUGGUAUUACAUCACCUAUGAGAAGGACCCAGUGCUAUACAUGUACCAGCUGUGGGACGAUUAUGCCGAGGGAGAUCUCAGGAUCUUACCUGAAGCAGAAAAUAAGCACUUGCUUCCGGCCGACCGAAAGCCAGGCGAGGAGACUGAGAGUCUUGUGGGUAAGCAGGUGGAGUAUGUUACUGACAAAGGUGUGAAGCGAACAGGCCUAGUGAUCUACCAAGUCCCUGCCAAGCCCUCUGUAUACUACAUCAAAUACGACGAUGACUUUCACAUCCAUGUCUACGACCUGGUCAAGACCACAUAGGACACUUCUUUACUCACUCCAUCGCUUACUUUUCACUUAUCCUCCUCUCUCUAUCUCUCGAACUCUCUAAAGGCCCUGGAGGGUUUAACAGUUAUGCUUUGUCAUUCAGGAAGUGCAAUCUAUUAGUCCACAUUCAAUCUAGUUCUAUGAUAUGCACAGCAGAACUGUAGCAAUGCUAUUGUAGGCCACUAGGAGGAGGGUGGGAACGUGUACACUUGGAAGGACCUUUUUACCCUCCCCACUUCUUUGGUUACCCCAUUUUGUGGUUGUGCUCCACCGUAGACUCACAUCUUGGACAGUCCAGGAGUGCACCUUGCCCUAUGACAGACUCACAUCUUGGACAGUCCAGGAGUGCACCUUGCCCUAUGACAGACUCACAUCUUGGACAGUCCAGGAGUGCACCUUGCCCUAUGACAGACUUACAGUAUAGUGCAAGAACGACCACAUUUCAAUUGUUUCUCACAUCUUGAUGCUUAAUUCAAAGCAGAACUGAAUUAUAUAUUAUAAAACUAAAAGCUGCCCCCAGUAGCCAUUCAUAUUUGUUCCUUGAAUGACCAAACAGUGAGCAUGAUGUAUAAGUGAUUAUUUGUAGAGACUAGUUUGAGCUGUUUUGUUCAGUGAAGUGUUAGCUUUGAAAGUGAAAUGCAGUAAGCUGUGAUGCCCCUGAAAGCAUCAUUACAUUUUUUUGUUGUCUUUAUUAAUAGGCAACUAACUUUGUUUGAUUUGUGUCAGUCAGUUCAUAGACAAUCAUUCCUUGAUAAACCCACAGUGCUAUCAUUGGAUUCAUAGCACUGGGUUGCACUGGCCUAGGAGUAGUGUAUAGCAGUGUUUCCCAACUCCAGUCCUCGAGUACCCCCAACAGCACACCAUUUUGUUGUUGGCCCGGACAAACUCACCUGAUUCAGCUCAUUGAGGGCUUGAUGAUUAGUUAACCAUUGGAAUCUGUGUGCUUGUCCAGGGCUACAACAAAAAUCUUUGCUGUUGGGGUUAUUGGACGACUGGAGUUGAGAAGCACUGCUGUGUGGUGAUGGUUCAAACACUAUUUUGAACUGCCUCAAAUAACACUCAUAAUGCUGAAUCAAGACUUGUUAGAAACAAGGAAUACAGGUUUUCAUAAAGUUAGGGCCGAGAGUUUUUCUUGACCACACAACCUGAUGAGUUGUCCAGAUCAGGAAAACUCCUCACCCUAACAAUACCUGACAUGUUCAAAACAUCAUCAGACUGUAUGAUUAGCUUGAGGAGUAGAAUAGAGGCAGGGCUUUACACUACAUUCUGAUCUUCAAUAGAAAAUAAACAAGCAUCAUAAAGUGCCUUCAGGCUGAUCAUGUUGCCAUACUCUAUAUGUUUGCUAACCUCUCACAAUUUUAUUCUGUUUAAUGUUAAAGCCACUAUUUGGUCAGUAUUAGUAAAAGUAAAAAAUGCUCGAAAGAAACAAAUGUGUCAAAGACUACGUGACAAGGUUGUUGCUAUUGUCGGUUUGUAUUAGAGAAUAUGUGCAAUGUUGGCAGUUAAUGCAGUAUACAAUAAUGUCCCCCAAUAUAACAUCCAUGACCAACAACAACAAGUGGUAUAUUGUAGCAAUGGUAAACCAUAAUGGUAAAACGCAUGGAGAAAAUAAAACAUUUAUGACACGGCAUACAGUAUUUCAUCUGUAACUUUAGAUUGUGUUGUAAAUGUAUGCUGUUGUGAUUACUCCCGUUAUAUUGUAAAUAUCCCAUUGAAACACCAGCUUUAAAACUCAUCUAGAAAUCUCACUUAGAGAAAUGCAGCAAAGACAGCUUCCAAAAAAUCCUUAGGCCUGGUCCCUUGAGAGGAAAAAUACAAGUUUUCACUUUUUAAUCUUAUUUUAAAGACUUGGGAGCUACACUCCAUAAUGUAAUCCCAGGAAGCCCACAAACUCCAAUGGACUGGCUAGGAGAAUUCAGAUUUACAGUCUCCUGUCCUACUCACCACUCCAGGGUAUCCAGUCCAGGGUAUCCAGUCUAUCUCUUUACACAGUACAUUGGUCCAUGGUGCAUAAGGGUCAUUGUACUUAGGCUGUGUUUAGACAGGCAGCCAAUUCUUGUUGGUGAUCUUGUUUUUCACUAAUUGGUCUUUUGACCAAUCAGAUUAGCUCUGAAAAAGAUCUGUGAAAGGAUCUGAUGUGAUUGGUCAAAAGACCAAUUAGCGAGAAAUAAAUACUGAAUUGGGCUGCCAGUAUAAAUGUAGCCUUUUAUUGUCAGAUGUGCAUGCAUAACUUGAAUGCAACCAAGCAUAUUGGUUAUGACAGUUGCAGAGGUAUAAUAUGAUAUAUCUGGCAGAUAAUUUUGUGGCAGUCUUUGCAGUCCAAUUUUAGUAAAAUAUUUAGCUAGAAAAUGUGACUGUAAAAAAAUAAAAUUGUCAGGGCUUAUCUAUAGACGGGUUAGCUGACGUCACGAAAACGAUGCGCACGCUUCAAUGGGGCAGAAGACAGUGUGUUGUGAUUCUGGAUGGUCAGAUAGCUAGCAAAAAUGUCAAGAACCUGCCACGUGGGGAAUCUGUAGGUGGCUCGUUUUACCUAGUUCUUGAUACCAUGUCUUGUUUUGAGGCGUUUUGACUGAUGUCACAUCUAUGCUAAUAUUCUGUAACGUUAUAUUUGAGGGACAAGUGUAUGGGGUCAAUUUCACGCUAUAAUUAUUGAAUUCAAAAAUAUUAAAAAAAUGUGAACAUGAAAAAUAAAGUUGGGAAUGUAAACAUAUUUUAGAGAACGGGUGAAAUAAUGGAUGUUGAAAUCAAAAACCAAACAAUUGAAAGCAAAAUGUAUAGAAUUGGAAACACAAAUAAGACAAACUUUUAAGCAAAUAAUUUUAAAGCGAGAGCAAAACUCUAUGACAAAUUAUAUAUUUUUUUUAUUUGAAAACGAAUGCAAAAAUAGUUUUCGGUUAAACUUUCAACCAAUCCUAUUGAAUACAUUUUGCCUACGCUCUUGCCUGCAUGUGCUACCUUUUUGUUACGCAACUCGUAUCUUUGCUUUCUAUGUCCGUUUCUUUGCUCUCACUGCCAGUCUUUUCGAUUGUAAGUUUUGGCAUUAUUUUUCCGUGAAGAGCGGGGUUUAGAGGGAUGCGUAGACAAUGAGUCUCCAUUGGUCCACUCGUUUUGGAUUGACGGUUCGUCUUAACCCAAUCAAUGAACAUGAUAGACAGGCUUUUUUUCUAUUACCUACUUAGGUAGACGGUCUGACGUCACCUGGUUUUAGGGUUUUAGCUAACGUACUUCAAAAUUGUCAGUCACGGGUCAAUAAUGUACGGAUAUUAGAAGCAUGUCUAUCUAAUACAUUUAAUGACAAACCAUCUAACUACUUAGGUAAACAUAUGACUUACACCUGCGCCAAACGUUGUGCAACAGGUUAUUCAUAUGUUUACCUAAGUAGUUAGAUGGUUUGUCAUUAAAUGUAUUAGAUAGACAUGCUUCUAAUAUCCAUACAUUAUUGACCCGUGACUGACAAUUUUGAAGUACGUUAGCUAAAACCAGGUGACGUCAGACGGUCUACUUAGACAAGCUUUUUUCUAUUACCUACUUAUCGUGUUCAUUGAUUGGGUUAAGACGAUCCGUCACUCCAAAACUAGUGGACCAAUGGAGACUCAUUGUCUACACCUCCCUCUAAACCCCGCUCUUCACGGAAAAAUAAUGUCAAAACUCACAAUCGAAAAGACUGGCAGUGAAAGCAAAGAAACAGCCAACAAAAGCAAAGAUACGAGUAGCGUAACCAAAAGGUAGUACAUGCAGGCAAGAGCGUAGGCAAAAUGUAUUCAACAGGAUUGGUUGCUGGGAAAGUUUAACCGAAAACAAUUUUUGCAUUCGUUUUCAAAUAUAUAUAUAUAUUUUUACCAUUUGUCAUAGUUUUCCUCUCGCUUUAAAAUGAUUUGCUUACAAGUUUUUGGCUUUUGAUGUCUCAUUUUUGUUUACAAUUCUAUACAUUUUGCUUUCAAUUGUUUGGUUUUUCAUUUCAACAUCCAUUAUUUCACCCGUCCUCGAAAAUAUGUUUACAUUCUCAACUUUAUUUUUCAUGUUGACGUUAUAUUUUAUUUUGAAUUCAAUACAUAUGGAGUGAAAUUGACCCCAUACAAGUGCUCAUUGUGCACAUUUAUGUUUUCAAUAAACAUUGGAGACAAAAUAUAGUUUGUCAAAAAUCUAAGCCAACCCUGUAUGUUUUGCCCCAUAGUUGCGUACGUGUCGGUUUUGUUGCUAAACUACCAAUCUCUUAAUGCUACUUGUAUCACCACCAUUUGUGUUGUGGUGUUUCUAUGUACAGUAAAAUGAAACUCCAAAAGA